CCCCCAACAUAAGAAAAAAGAGAAAAAGAAAGCAAAAUUAUGAAAACAACAUUUCGCAGCGCAUGCUCCACAAUUUCGCGUUCCUUAAACCCUAAUCCUCCGUCGCUCUCCGCCUUGCACGGCCCUCGCUCCACCGUCGUCGCUCCUUUGCUGCGCUCUUUCCGUUCCCGCUGUACCACGAGAGCGCCGCCGUUUCGCGUCCUCUCGUCGGUGACGCACUGCUCCUCCGCGAUGUCUGGCGGCGAAGCUCCCGCUCUCCCUCUGGAGAAGCAGUUCGAGGACUUCCGCUCCCAGCUGGAGGAUUCCGUAAGCCUGCGCGAGCGCAUCAGGUUGGUGGUCAUGGAGAUUGAGUCCACCACCAGGCUGAUGUACUCGAGUUUGCUGCUGGUUUACCUGUCUCGUCCGCUUCCUGAGGUUCUGGACAAGGCUAAGGCUCACAUUGGCACCCUGAAGGAUCAGUACAGUCAGCUAGCUGCUAUUUUAAGGGAAUGCCCUGAUCAGUAUUAUAGGUAUCAUGGUGAUUGGAGAAGUGAAACGCAGACUGCAGUUUGCCAUCUGGCUUUCGCACACUAUUUGGAGACUGGAAAUCUGCUGCUUCACAAUGAGGCUGGGGAAAAACUUGGAUUGAACAAUUCCCAGUUUGGCCUUGACAUUGAAGACUAUCUUGUUGGAGUUUGUUUCAUGUCAAAUGAGUUGCCAAGGUAUGUGGUGAACCAAGUAACAGCUGGGGACUAUGACUGCCCAAGAAAGGUCUGGAAGUUCUUAACGGAACUUAAUGCAGCUUUCCGCAUGCUUAAUUUGAGGAACGAUUUCUUGCGCAAGAAAUUUGAUGGGUUGAAGUAUGAUCUCCGAAGAGUUGAAGAAGUUUAUUAUGAUGUCAAAAUCCGAGGAUUGGCAUCUGAUGGGGACUCAACAGGAGACCAGGACUCCAAGAAGAAAAAUGACUCAGAAGUUGUACAUUAACCUCCAUUCUAAUUAUUAACGUGUAUCAGUAGGUUUUUCCAUGAGAUGAUGCAGGCCCUUAAGUUGAAAAUGAACGUAGGCAAGGGACGGGGAGAUUUACUGUUUUUUCUCCUUUCCAAUCUCCUUUGUAGAUUUGAGCAAGAGAGGAGCAUUGGAUUAGUCUAAAUUCCCUUUGAACCGCUUAAGGAGUCUUUUCACUGUUUGGGGAUGGAAAUCUUUGUUUGGAUCAGUAUCCCUGGGAGUUUCUACGAAUAUAUGGCUGAGCUCUUCGACAAGUGUUGCAUGACUCACACUGGUCCUAGUCGAUAUGUAGACUUUGAUGUUAGCCGGGCAGGGUUACCAUCAUUUGGUCAUCUAAAACUUGCUAGUUUUGCCGCUGCAUUUCUCUCCA